AUAUUUCACCGAGCUUGAAACGGUUUUCGAUCAGCCAAUCACAGACGUCUUCUACUUCUCCGUGUUCGAUGCGGACAACAACCAGCUCAAUAGCCAGAUGUUCACUGUUACUAUCACAGCAGCCCAAAGUGUGCCUCCGGUUGUUACCUUUUCUGACCAACUUACGGUAGAAGAAGGGGGGCGAACACCACUCCUGCCUCACCACACCCUUGGCCUUGAAGGUGGCCUUGCUGAAGAAGGCCUGGUUGUAAAAGUCACAAGUCUUCCAAAAUAUGGGUACAUUGAAAAUACCAGGACAGGAUACCUGUAUAGAAGGGAAUCUCCUCUGCAUUCUCUGGAGAAUGGACACGCUCUCUCGGAGGGAUCUACUUUCACCUACCAGGAGAUCCUGGAGGAACGUAUCGUUUACAAAUUGAACAGUUUGGUAGCCGAAAGGGACGAGUUCCAAUUUUCACUCUCAGACGGUCUCCACAUCGAGACAGGGAAAGUGGAGUUUGCGGUAGCCUCACCCAGGACGGACCUUCUCAGAUUAGUCGUGAACAAAGGCCUACAACUCCUUGCUGGGUCGGUGGCAGUCAUUACAAGCCAGCAUUUAAGAGCCACAGAUCCUGAUUCAGAUGACCUGUCCAUCAAAUACAUCGUGAAGAAGGACCCAACCUAUGGAUCGUUGCACCUGCAUGAGGGAGAUUCUUUGACACAGAUCUCUGCUCGGGGACCAGCCAAAAGUUUUACCCAGGCCGAUAUAAACAAAGGGGACCGAUUGCCUUUGUCCGUCACUGUCAACACUGGGCUAACCCUGGACGAAAACUCGGUGAAAAAAAUCACCCCUUUGGAGCUGUCAGCCAAGAAGCAGGGUGGAGAAUCCAGCGAUCUCCUCUACAGGAUUAUUAAACAGCCCCAGCUGGGACACUUGGAGCACACGGCGUUUCCAGGCAGAAGGAUUAGUUCCUUCCAACAAGAAGACCUUAUCUCCCACAGCCUCCACUACAUCCAUACAAGCGAGGCGGAAGAACAUGCUGACACGUUCACUUUCACCGUUUCGGAUGGCCGUCAGGAG